CGAGUAGUGCCGGUGGCCGACGCUAGAGGCUUUUUCUUCUGCUCGGUCCUUGUGUUGUUUUGGUUAGCUGGAUGUUAACCCAUGCUUUCUGCUGCUGUAGCCGGUUGUAGCGGUGAUGGCUCUCCUAUGAGGCGGGGGAGCGCUACUGUGUUUUCUGACAAAAUACCGACUGAAGUGCCGUGGCCAUGGCCGGGGUUUUCGACAUCGAUUUGGAUCAACCGGAUGAGAAUGUCUCUGACGACGAACUCGAGGACGGGAGCCAGUUCAGUGAAUACAUGGAUCAGUGCAGUGGCUUUGAAUUUAACAUGGAUGACUGUGAGAAGUUUGAAAUUUCAGAGAACAGCGUGAACAAGGGAACAGAGCAGAUCAGGCCUGAAUGCUUUGAGCUGCUGAAAGUUUUGGGAAAAGGUGGCUAUGGAAAGGUAUUUCAAGUUCGUAAGGUAUCCGGUGCCACCUCUGGGAAGAUAUUUGCGAUGAAAGUUUUGAAGAAGGCCAUGAUUGUGCGUAAUGCAAAGGACACAGCACACACCAAAGCUGAGAGGAACAUUCUGGAGGAGGUGAAGCAUCCUUUCAUUGUGGAUCUCAUCUAUGCCUUCCAGACAGGGGGAAAGUUGUACCUUAUCCUGGAGUAUCUGAGCGGUGGGGAGCUGUUUAUGCAACUGGAAAGAGAGGGCAUCUUCAUGGAAGACACAGCAUGUUUCUACCUGGCUGAGAUCUCGAUGGCGCUGGGUCACCUGCACCAGAAAGGCAUCAUCUAUAGAGACCUGAAGCCUGAGAACAUCAUGCUCAACAACAACGGACAUGUGAAGUUGACAGACUUUGGUCUAUGCAAAGAGUCCAUCCAUGACGGAACGGUCACCCACACCUUCUGUGGAACUAUCGAAUACAUGGCUCCAGAGAUCCUAAUGAGGAGUGGACAUAACCGAGCAGUGGACUGGUGGAGUUUGGGAGCUCUCAUGUAUGACAUGCUGACAGGAGCACCUCCAUUCACUGGUGAAAACCGAAAGAAGACAAUUGACAAAAUCUUGAAAUGCAAACUCAGCCUUCCACCUUACCUCACACAAGAAGCCAGGGACCUCCUGAAAAAGCUGCUGAAAAGAAAUGCCUCAUUGCGACUGGGGGCUGGACCGGGAGAUGCUACUGAGGUCCAGGCCCACCCAUUCUUCCGGCAUAUUAAUUGGGAUGACCUCCUUGCUCGCAAAGUAGAGCCUCCGUUUAAACCUUUCCUGCAAUCGGCUGAUGACGUCAGCCAGUUCGACUCCAAGUUCACCAGCCAGACUCCAGUGGACAGCCCUGACGACUCCACGCUCAGCGAAAGUGCCAAUCAAGUCUUCCUGGGUUUCACAUAUGUAGCCCCAUCUGUGCUUGAAAACGUCAAAGAGAAGUUCUCUUUCGAGCCAAAGGUCCGCUCGCCACGGAAGUUCCCAGGAAGCCCAAGAACACCUGUGAGUCCGGUGAAGUUUGUAGGAGGGGACUGCUGGCCCCGGGGACCCACACUGACCAGAAGCUCAUCCCUGCUGGCUGCUGGCUGCUCUGUGGAGCAACCCAUGGAGGUGUCGAUAGUGGAGCAGAUGGACACGAGCAGCUGUGGCACCUCCGAGGCUUCUGCGCCACUUCCCAUCAGGCAUCCUUCAGGCAUCAAUGCAGGGCCCUACAAAAAGCAGGCCUACCCCAUGAACUCCAAGCGGCCCGAACAUCUACGAAUGAACUUAUGACACUCGGCUCCCUUACAAACAUUAGGAAUCUUCCAAUUCUUCCUCCUCAUCCCUUUUAAUGUUUUCUUUCAAAGAGACUUGUAGAAUUUUAUUUUAUUGACUGACACUGUCAAUGCUGAUCACCAGCUCUUCCAGCAGCACCUUCCCUUCUCUUGGCCUCCCAAAGCCUCCUGACUCAGCCUGAUGCAGAUAAUCAGCAGUUAAUCAGUACAGUAGAUAUGUGCUCACUCGGAGGAGUGGUGUGAGAGAGGUGCUUUUCAAUGAAAGUUGACUUGCUUGUUGGCUGUGUAAUGCCAGCUGAUGAGUGUGCUGAGGUGGUUUCGGUGUACUCAACUGGUAUUAUCUCACGAUUUACUGGUGCUCUUUUAUCCUCAAGUCUGGACAAUGUUACUCUUAGUGUUUACGAUUAGUUACUACUUUCACAGUGAGAAAAUAUGGUUACAAGGGGCAUUUAUUUCUCCCUCAAUAAGCCAGCCUUUUUUGUUUAUUUAAAGGUGGGGUAUGCGAUUCUAGAGAAAUCCAAUACAAUGAUAUAGCGCGAACAACGACACAGCAAGCAAUGUAACGUUAGCUCGGUUGUGAUUUAACAUUGCAAGUCAUUUAACGUUACCUGACACACAGAUCAUGACUGGACUAGUGUUGCGUGGCCAGGGCUGUGUACAAACACCAGAGUUUUUUCAGCGCACACACUGAACGGACAGCUAGCGGACCGUGAGGAGAUAUUCACUGAAUUUGACAAAAAGACAUGUAUUAGAUUAGAAUUGCAUUCCACACCUUUUAAUGAUCAUCUUGUGGUAAGAACUUACAGGUUACACUGUCAGUUGGUAGAAUUAUUGGAUAACAAUUCCACAAUGAACACAGUAUUCCUGCAUGUUUGAGGAAAACAAUCGCAUUGCCUUUGUUACCGGAGCGUGUGGUCAGGAGUUGGUCGAGCAAGACUUACGGAAAAGCAGCUAUAAAAGGAUAGAAGUGAAAUUUCAGCUGAAAGCAUCACUUCCACCACAAUCAAUACCAAAUGCUGGCACUGCUUUACUAGUCCGACUGGAAUGCUUUCUGUAGGAGGCCUGUCCAGAAGCACUAUUCAGUUUCUUUGUGUUGAAUGUAAACAGACUCUAAAUGCCUUUUUGUGUGUCACUCUCCUGCGCUUAGCUCUAAUGACCCCUACAGCAUUAUUCAUGCAACCUCAUGGUGGGAGACCAGCAAACAUGUUGACCCAAAAUACACUCAGCCAAAUUGAUAUCACUGCCUUUUAUUGAUUCAGGCAGUGUUCUUGUCUUAUGGGCUUGGGUGUUUUGCAUAUGCUUUUUGUGCAUUUACAGUAACAGGGCUCUCAGUGGUAGGACUAUAAACCCGGACUUGUGUUAGUGGACCAUCUACUAAAUCCUGUUUGAACUGAGAUGUAUAACCUGUUUGUGUGAUGUGAAGCUGCUAUAUGAGCCUCUGGAGUCAAGCCAUGUGAAACUUCUCACCAUAAAACCGACCACACCGUCACAUGCAGAUUCCCAUGAUGCUAACAGAAAUUUGAAUGAAUGAAAAUGAGCUUAAGUUUGAAUGGCUCCCUGAUGUUCUUUGUUAUGUGUUUAACAAAUUGACCAGAUGUACUGUUUCAAUGAACCAAAUGAUUUUUGCUGGUAAACAAACAGACCCUGGACAACGACCGUAGAAGUGUAGCUGGUUUUUGUAAGAAUUACAAGGUUCAAUGGUCAAACACAUUUUGUUCAUAAUGUCAUAUUUGAUCAUACUGACUGCUCGCAGAGCCAUUUUUAAUGUUUCUUUAAGUUACUUUGCAAAUUUUUCAACCUAGUUGAAGAUAGCUUAGAUCAAGGUUCUAACAUGGAUCAGUGUUGGGCUGAGCUGAUUGAUUUUCUUCUUCUACCAGACCAGUCACUCCUCUUUUUACUCCACUUACUUUACUUUCUUUGUUAAUUUGUUACAAUAUUAAUUUCCUUUUCCAUUAAGUGCCAUUGUGUUUUCACUGCAUUGUUCACACUAUGCAAUCUAUGUACUGUAUUUAUUAUGUAGUAUUAUUUAGAUAAGGCAGCAGAAUGGGAUAAUUUGAUUUGGAAUUCUUGUCUGAGACUUAUUUUGUGAUAAUAAUAAGCAAGUACAGUAUGAUUUUAUUUCCACAGAACAUGUCUUACAGCAACCUCAGAUGCAGCUUCUUCUUUUUUAAAUUCCAAAAUUGAGGACCGUGACCUAAAGGUCUUACAGUAUUUAUUGUGUGGCAUAGUAUCAUAUUCAAGGGUGCUUUUCAGAUGACUUUGAAUUUGAAUAUUGAUAUCUUACACUUUACUUGCUGAAAACUUGAACUUCACUUUGUCUUUUUUUUUUUUUUGCAGUGCUUAAAGCAAGGGCAGUUUAUUGUGGGGUGAAAAACAGAUGCAAAAACCAAUGGGACUGGCAUUGUGCCUUUGCUGACGAGUACAGUGUGUAUGUUUUGUAAAUGUGUGGGGAAAGGUUCACUUCCUGUUACAUCUCUCAAGGAUGUUCAUUUCUUUGCUUCACCAAUUCAUUGUGACAUGAUCCAAGUGGGAUCAUUUCUGUAACUGUUGAGUCUCAGAGGGGUUGGGGAAACUAAAAAUGAUACAUUUUGCUUCUGUUCAGGUAUAUUUGAGAAGUGUCCUGCCCACUGAGAUGUUUGAGAACAACCAUGUUAUCAAGCGUGUUUCAGGUGGGAAAUACCAUCUUUGAGUAGAAUGGGUGUUGUAGUAACUCUUGCUUUGUCACCCCUAGAUCUACCCCUCCAGAUAGGGCAUGUUAAUGUGCAUCAUGUACAUAAUGAAGUCAAAAUAAACUAGAAUUACCGCCC